GUCGCGUCCAUCCGCGCAAUGAGCGCCUGCUUGGAUGCGCGAGCGCGGCGGCCUGGGGUUGGGGUGGGAGUGGUGGUGACUAGCUGCGUGCAUCCUCGUUGCGUCCUCUUGGGGAAGAGGAAAGGGUCUUUCGGAGCCGGCAGUUUCCAACUUCCUGGGGGUCACUUGGAGUUCGGGGAGAGCUGGGAAGAGUGCGCUCGGAGGGAGACCUGGGAGGAAGCAGCCCUGCGCCUGAAGCACGUCCGCUUUGCCUCCGUCGUGAACUCUUUCGUGGAGAAGGAGAAUUACCAUUAUGUCACCAUAUUAAUGAGAGGAGAGGUGGACACGGCCUAUGACUCAGAACCCACGAAUGUCGAACCCGAAAAAAAUGAAAGUGUCGGGAGACGCGACCUGGGAGGCCCGACCCCGAUCACAGCCUGUGAGCGAGCCCCAUGCCGUGCAGUGUCGGCCUGGCAGCUUCCGGGAGUCACCCCAGUUUGGUCCGGCAGUUUAAACUGCGGUUUGACCUUCGGAUCCACUCUUCUCAUUGGACCCCGAAACACUGAGACCAUGGCUCCCUUGCCAGCAGCUGCAAUACUAAGCCUGGUCAGUAGAGGACACUGGAGGGCCUCUCCUCUGGGACCCCGUGCUUCCCCUGACUCGGUGGCACCCAGCUGCUGGACACCUGCUGCUGCCCCCUGGCCAUUUUCAGCGGCACCCCGCAGGACGGCUUCCCGGCAAGUCUCACCACUCCCCCAAGUGUGGCCUUCUGGUGAGUCUUCCUGGGACUCUAGUGGGUCGUUUCCUGCCUGCCGGCCCUGGCCUGUGACCCGUCACGGAACUGCUCUGCCGUCCAGGGGCCACGGCAACAGCCCCUGUACCAAGGGCGUCACGACGUGAGCGGAGUCCUCAGGCAGGGGUGGGGGGACCCUGGGCACCCUGCCUUGCUCCUGGAG